GGGAUUGACCUGGUUCUUGGUGCACCGUAUCCUGAGCCUAGACCGAGCAGCUCAAAUGGGAUUUGCAGUCCAACUGCUGUGCCAGCUGAGACCACUUCAUUAGCGAUGGCUUACAGUGAGGAUGAAUGGCUUUCUCUUCGACCCCAAGAGCCUCUGCCUUCCCAGUGUUGUGGUAGUGGAUGUAAACCAUGUGUAUUCGAUAUUUAUGAGCGGGAACUCAACCAAUGGAAACAGGCAAAAGCAAAAGGAGACCAAAGUUUUUUGAGUCAGAGCUCUGAGCCAACACAAAAUGACUUGCAAAUAAUUGGACCUGAGAAAUGGAGUGCUUUUCAGAUAGAGUCUGUGGAACAGCUGACAGCUGACACUUACCUGUAUAGAUUCCAGCUGCCCAGUGGCUGCUGUCUUGGGUUAACUGUCGGACAACACAUUGUAGCUAGGGGAAUUGUCAAUGAUAAACAAAUUCAGAGAGCGUACACUCCAGUGAAUCCCGUGGAUGCAAAAGGUUACUUUGAAGUUCUGAUAAAGAUUUAUGAAGACGGAUUGAUGUCUCAGUAUGUGAAGACCUGGAAGGAGUGGGAUAGUGUGUGCUGGCGGGGUCCUUUUGGAGGCUUGCCAUACAAACCAAAUCAGUAUGAACAGCUAUUGAUGUUUGCCUCAGGGACAGGUAUAGCUCCAAUGAUACCUCUGAUCCAAUAUAUUGUUGCAAAUGAAGAGGAUGAAACUUUUGUUACUUUGGUGGGCUGCUUCAGGACUUUCCAAGAUAUCUACAUGAAGUCUCGAGUUCAGGAACUGGCUGCUUACUGGAAUGUGAAAACAUUGUUUGUUCUGAGUCAGGAGUGCGAUCUGGAAACUCUUCCCUGGAGUUAUCAAGAAAAAUCUUACUGUGGACGUAUAAAUGAAAAUAUGGUGAAAGAUUUUGUUAAUUCAUGCAGACAGAAACCAUUUGUUGUGGUUUGUGGAUCCAUAACCUUUAACAAAGACAUCCUGAACUACCUCAAUCGUAUGGGCAUCACGGAAGAUUUGCAGUUUAUAUUUUAGACAAUUAAUAACUUAAUACCCAUUGACAUAAAAACUUACUACUUCUUUAAUACACAACAACAUCUACCAUUAUUGGAAGAAUCCACUCCAAGAAUUAGUCUGUGACUCAAUUAAAUACUGCUGAAUCCUAAAAUUGGAAGAAGACCCUGUGUGAUAGCCACUGGAAAACAAAGUUGCUGAACAGAAGAUUCAGAACAUCUCACAAUCAAAAUGCAUCUAUUUUAGUGAACGUUACAGGAUGAUAAUCACAAGGAGGAGCAUUAGUUAUCUGCCAGGUUUUUUUUCCCUCACAUCACUACGAAGUUAUCUGAAGCAUGUACAUCACUGCUCCAUUUCAUAGCAGAUAACUCACCAUAGACCAUAGAAAUCAAACCUGGACCUACAGUGGCUGUGCAACUUUGACACUGUUAUUAUGCUAUUAAACAGGUUUGAACCUUUCUUACUACUACAGUACAGUAAUGCUGUAGAAACUGUUGCACUGGCUCAAGGCAGUUUUUUUGAUAUCUAUUAUGCAAGAUGUCUGAAAGGGGUAGUAGUUGUUAUAUAAGGACAAGCAAGAUUAGAUAUUAUGGAAGCUUGCUUGAACCACUGUUGCUUGUGAUCAUGAAACAGGGACAUGGUGCUCUCCUGUGAAAUGGCACAUCCUUACAAGCCUGGAGUUUUAAACUGUUUAGUUUCCAGUGAUGGGUCAAUGUUUAAUGGUACAGGGUUUUUGUUUAGAGAUAAUGUAUUUCAUUGAAAUAUAUUUCUAAAUUUGUAAGCUUUUAAACUAUCUCCUAAAAUUCUUUCAUUGUCUUGUUCAAUGUAUAAUUUUUCCACCAAUGAAGAU